AUGUGGAAGGCCAUGGAGCGGGUGAAGUUGCUCCUGGAGGCCGAAAAGAGCCCGCAGCUGCCGGUGAACGUGCACCACACCUAUGAGGAUAAGUUCAGCCUGGUAGAGCGCGCUUCGAACUUGGCGCUCAGCUCCCAGCUGAACCUUUUGGGCUCCUUGGGCCUGGACCCACCGAAGCUGAAGCAGAUCCACACCUGGGCGCAGAAGAGUGCCGUGUCUUUGCGCUUCAGGUCAAAGGAGUCCUGCAACUUCCUGCGGGAGGAGACCAGAGAAGUCGAGGACCCCACGAAGCGCGUCAACGAGAUCUCAGUUGGCGGGAUGAACAUUGGACUCACCAGCAAAACCGUGAACAAGGUCACCGAGUACUUCUGGCGCUUCGAGUUCUCCUGGGAGCUGGAAGCCCUGCGCGGUGUGGGCGCUGAGCAGGCGGAUCGGCUGGUGGUGCAGUCCCGCAGCAGCAGCUGUGAGCUCAAGACCGGCAGCAAGGUGACUCCACAUCCAGAAGUGAAGUCACCCGCCCAGACUGAGGAGGUGAACAUUAGCUUUCUGCUGCGUCACAUCUCCGACCUUUCCGACGUCCCGGUGCCGAACUUCUCGGUGGAGCGCACAGCCAAGACCUGCCGCACCCCACGGAGGAACGCGGAAGUGGAGGACAUGGAGAAGUACCUGAAGAAGCUUGGCCUCUGGGGCACUCACAUCGAAACCUACCUCACCGAGUUGGCUCGGAAAUGUCGUCCCACAGAGAGGCCGCUGCACAUCUCCAGCGAGAUCCACGAGGUCUUCGUUCCUGUGCUUCCCCUCUUCGUUCAAAGCCCCGGCUCGGAGGAGCUGGUGGUCUCGAACGCGGAUAGCAACCGCCUCCUAGUGGAGGAGUCCCGGCUUCUGGCCGAGCAGCGCCAGAGAUUUCAGGAGGAGAUUCUGGCACAAGAGGGCUUUACCAGUGUGGAGGCCUACCUGAUGUUGGCCUGCUUCCACUUUAGCAGCGUGGCAAAGCGGUGGCUGGAGGUGAUGGCCUUCAUCGAAGAGAUGCUCCGGAAGCAGCUGGUGGCGGCCAUUGGCAAGGAGGUCACCCCCUUGGACUUCGCCGCCUACAUGCGCUUCCACCACCGGAAGCUCUUCGCGGGCCACUUCGCGCCGGAGCCCUUCUGCGCGGCGGUGCGCCGCAGUCAGCUCCAUGGGCCCGAGGGCACCUUGAGCAUCGAGGCGGAGGAAGCUCCUUUCGGCGCUGCUUCAAUCCAGACGCCCAUCAGCACCAGCUGCUGCCAUGGCCGGAUCGCAGACAUGAAGAUCCCCCUGAACGCCUCGACCGAGGUCUCCUUCACCUGUGAGGUUCAGCUGCACGCCUACCUGGGCCACAAGUUCUCCAGCGACACUGGGAGCAAUCUGUCGUUGGUGGCGCGGGCACGUCAGUUCAGCUCCUUCAUCGUUCUGCUGGGCCGCGUGACCUCUGCCACCAGCUUCGAGGCCAAGCACGCGGUGCUGCUGCGGAACAAGGAUGAGCUGCAGAUCCCGCUGGAGCUUGCGACGAUCCCCACCCCCAAGGAGUUCAAGGACGCCAUCGUGUCCCUGUCGCCGGAGCAGCAGCGCUUCGCCAAGGCGUUUCGGUCCAUGCAAUUGGAGAGCACCCUCUUCGGCAUCGUCGUGGUGCAAAUCAAGCCGCAACUGGAGCGGCUGCUGAAUCUCCCGGAGGACAGCCUUACCAAAGAGAUCAAGCUCACCCAGGAUCUGAUGCAGCUCUUCAUCCAGUACCAAAUCCCCAGCGACCUCCUCUCCUUCGCCCCUGAGCUUCUCAGGGGUCCCGCCACGGCCGUUCAGCAGCUGGAAACCGUGCGGGGCCAGGUGAAGGCCAUGUGCGACAUGAUCGAUGCUGAGAAGAAGGAGGAGCUUGAGGAGCGAAAGCGGGAGGAGGAGUUCCGGAAAGCCCAGGAGGAGGCCUGA